AUUCCCGCCAUUGAUACAAUAAGGAAGAGGAAUGGAAAGCUGGGGUCUCAAUUGAAAGACUAGGCACGUAAGGGGUAGAUCUAGAGCUCUCUUGGGAAGCCACCAACAGAAAAAAGUGAGACGAUGUCGACAAAUGUCGAGGCCCCGGUGGCUUCGACAUCGAAAAAGUACGAUUCACUACCAGCAUUAUUGAAAUCGCUUAAAUCAUCUUCUUCUGAAAAUGUAUCGGUACCUGAUGAUAUCGAUGAUCCUAAUUCAACCUCAUUCAGUCAAUUACUCUCUUUGACGACACAAUCGCUAGACGAUCUUCGAACGCAACCUGCCGCUCUUCAUACUGCCAGCUCAUCUUUGGAAAGUCAAUUGUCCAACCUUUGCUCAAGACAUGUGUCCUCUUUUGUUCGUGUUCAUUCGGCAUCAUCUGCUCUUCCUGGCACACUUGAUCGAUUAGACGUUCAAUUGGAUAAAUUGAUCGAUCAUGAUCUGCAAGUGCUCUCUGAAGCAGCUCAAGAAUUUCCAAACAACGUGGAAGUAUCACUGGCUGCAAGAAACAAGGCAAGAAAUUUGCUCGAUCAGUAUGAAACUUCUUUAAAGGAUUUGUUGGACAUUCCAAGAUUAUUGAUCACAUGUGCAAAGGCUAAUCAUCCUAUCGAAGCACUUCAAUUAGGCAUACAUAUGGCGAAAAUUGCUCGAGCUGAUGCUGAGAGCGGACAAAAAAGUGUUACUGUCAAAGCUUUGAAGGAAGAAUGCUGGACGCAUUUGAUGAGAUUGAGAGAAGACCUACUACGUGGCUUGGGCGCAAGAGGUGUGCGAUUACCAGCUGCACGAAGAUACGUUUCUCUAUUACAAAGAUUACACGAUAUCGAUCAAGCGUCUUAUGGUGAAGGGCGAGAUGGACAAUCGAGCACAAGCAGGCUCGCAAUAUCACAAAGUGCAAUUUGUCUGUCUUUCUUACGAUCUCGAUGGAUCUUGGUGGAAGAUUUAGGUGCGCAUGAUUCUGAUGAGCAAGUCGCAAACAUCUUAUCAUCCCAGAUAUCCUCUUGGAGAGACCUUGUAGGCGAUACGUGUAAUAUCGCAAUGGCGCUCUUUGGAGACAAGGACUUACAAACUGACACAGCAGAAAGCAAUGAAACGAGCAGGGGUGAUGAACCAUCACCUUUAUCGCUCAUCUCUUCGUUCGGGUAUCGAUCUAUUUCUAAAUUGGAACAGCUCGUCUCAAGGGUAUUGCCAAGCAUUGAUGGAAAGCAAGGUUCUCUGCAAGAUGCCUUUGAGACGCUCGCUUCUUUGCAUCUGCAGUUAUCAUACUCUGCUGCUUCGUUGUCUCGUCAAGGUCUUGACUUCUCAGACGUGAGCGGAGCGCGUAAGGCAUUCGAGACUCAAUCGUUAGAGCUAUGGUCAUCUGGAGUCAAAGGUGUAGUGGAGACAUUCGAAAACAGUCUUGGUUCUUCUGCUACGUUGUCUGUCAAGGAUCUGACAGGGUCGGAAGAUGUUCGUGAUGUUUUGAGAGAUGUCACUCUGGAGACUAUUCGCACCUCAGACGAUUGGUCUUUGCAAGUUUCUUUCUUUCCUCCACUCGCGGCAUUGGCAAAUGGCAUAUUGGACAUUCAUGAUGCUUUUGUCUCUUUUGCUCCUAUCUCAAUCGGCAAGGACGCACUAAAGGCUUUUGACUUUGCUACGACUGAUCUUUUGGCACAUAUGUUGGAGUCUUUCCGUAAGGCAGAUUCCGAUCAAACAGCAACAUCUUCCUCGGUUCGCAUUCAUCCUUUGAUCGAAGGCGUACAAAAUGACAAAGAGAGUAAGAGUAAAAGGAGAUCGCACGAAGCUACAAUCACGAUAGCAGCCAGAUUCUUGGCUACGCUUAGUGAAUCCUUGUUGACAUUCUUGCGAAGUUCAACGUCGUCCUUAUUCGAGCGCGAAUUUCCGUUGACACCUUCUCUGAUUUCUACAUUAAGAAGCAUAUCUGAAUGGACGAAUGAGGUGGAACAGAAGUGGAAGCUUGGAGAGGAAGCAAGAAUAGCCGAAGUGAAAAAAGCGGAAGAUGAUCGUUUGGCCACAGAAGAAGCUGAAAGAAAACGUUUUGAUGAAGAAAAUAGACGAUUGCGUCAAGAAGAGGAAGAGAGGAUGCGAUUGGCGGAAGAGACACUUUUGCGAGAGGAAGCAGAGAGAAAGAAACGAGAAGAAAAAGAACGAUUGCAUAAAGAAGAGGAAGAAAAGAAGCGAUUGGAACAAGAAAGAGUGCGUAAAGAAGAAGAAGAAAAGCGACUGGAAGAGGAAAGGCUGCGUAAAAUGGAAGAGGAGAAGCGCUUGGCCGAAGAGCGAGAGAAAAAGCGGAUAGAGGAUGAGAAAAAGGUGGCAGAGGAGGAAGAGAGAAAGCGCCAAGAGGAAGCGAAACGGAAAGAGGAAGAGGAAGCAAAAGAACGCGCUGAAGAGGAAAGACGAAAGCGAGAAGAGGAGGAGCGACAAAAGGAAGAAGAGAGAAAGAGGCUUGAAGAGGAGGAAGAGAGGAAGAAACGGCUGGCUGAGGAAGAAGAAAGAAAGAAACAAGAGGCUGAGGAAGAAGAGAAGAAACGGCAAGCAGAAGAAAAUGAGAAGAAACGCUUAGCGCAGCGGGAACAGAAGAGGCUUGCAGAAGAAGAGAGCAGGAAGCUGCAGGAAGAGGAAGAUCGAAAGAAAGCCGAGGAAGCAAAAGCUCGUGAGGAAGAGGCGAAAAAGAUCGAAGCUCAAAGUGCUGUUGCACUAGAAAAGCAGAAUGAUGGAUCUCAUGAUACGUAUGAUUCCAAGCAGACCGAAGAAAAUGAAGGCAAGACAUCUAAUGCUGUUAGUGAGGAUGAAGAUGAAAGCAAGGAAAAGAGCGUAGCGGAAACGUCUGCCAAAGACAAGAAGAAGAAGAAAAAGAAAAAGAAGAAGGGAAGCAAAACUCCUGAUCUUGCCCAGGGAGAGACUAUGGAGCCCAGCUCAGAGGUCACAACGGACACAGCACAGCAGGAUGAAAAGGCAUCUAACGUACCUCAACUACCUCAAGAAGCAGCAACAGCAAACAAAGUUACUGCUGAUGCUGCCAAGGAAGAGAGUAGUGCUACUCAAGAGAAGAUGUCGACGGAAGAAGCUGUUCCUGAUGUGGCACAACCCGCCAAAGAAGACAAAGUCGCAGAAAGCAACCAGGAAGCCGAAUCAAAAGCUGAAGAAGCUCCUAAACAGCCUGUAAAGGCAAACAGUAAACUUGCUGAAAAGUUGCGUAAACGGCAAGAGGAGCGUGAUCGUGCAGCGGCAGCUGCAGCAUCGAAGGAAACCUGAAAUAAUUUCAUUGUACUUUUAUAAUACAUACGUUUGAGAAUU